AUGACCGGAAAAGACACUCUCAUUGGACCUUCGAACCAAUGGACCGUCGGACCAAUGACUAGUCACCUUAAUUUGGACAAAGAAAUAGAUAGCGGGAACUAUGAUGAUAAGCUAAAUGUAGACAUCAGCCUGGAUGAAGUAAAAGUAGCGUUUAUACAUGUUUUUAGUGUAUGUUCUGCUGUAAUUGUCACUGUAUCUGUUGAUGGACAUGCUGUUGAAGGCCAGGGAACACGAUUAUUUUGUACUUUAAAAAGAAAUAUUUCUUCAAAUACUAACAUUCCAAGAAUUACAUGGGAAGAGAUUGUCAAUGGCUCACCUGUCCAAAUAGUGCAGUACCAGAGUUCAGCUGCUUUUGUCAAUCCGCCUUAUAAUGAUAGAUUUAGUGUUGUAAAAAAUGACUCUCAACACACUCUUGUUAUUAAUAACACAAAGAGAACUGAUGAUGGCACAUAUAAAUGCGAAGUUUCUCUGGUUGGUGAUGUACCUUCAAGUGCAUCUGAUGAUGUCACAAUAAGUGUUGCAUAUCUUUCAUAUCCAACACUAGUUACUAAAAGUAUGACAUUGAAUGAGGGUGAUACUGCUACAUUUACAUGUGUAUCAGGAGAAGGAAAACCAGAACCCAGAGUCACAUUGUUGAAAGAUGACGAAAUUCUUUCGAACGGUCAAUUUGAAACAUCAUUGGUGCUAAGCAAUGUGACUAAAAGUAAUGAGGGAAAUUAUACAUGCAGAGCUGAAAAUGAUUUAUUGACUGGAACUAAUGGAAAACUUAGCAGAGAGACUGCAACACUAACAGUAAUAACAUCUACUACUAUUGGUGUACCAAUAAUAUCGAUGUCUACCGAUGUUAUACCAGGAAGUUUUUUCCGCCGUGCUUCGGAAGGUAAUGUGGUGACAUUGAGGUUCUGUAACGCAUUCACGUCUCCAGAAACGCGUUCAACCUUGACCUCUACAGCAUUCACUACGUACA